AUGUCAUAUUACUCUUCAAUUCCGAUAAUCUUUGUGGCUCUAACUCAUCAUAGGGAUAGGUUGGGAGCCGUCUCUAUCGUUUCUGAAUCCGUGCCCAGUCGGUCUUUCUCAUCUUUGGCUUAUUUCGCCUCUAAUACCUCCGCGUUCCGGAAGCAUGUUCUGGUGCCUUUCCAUCAUCAAUUCAUGAAACUCUCAUCUACGUCCUAUUGGCGCAUACUACGCAAUUACAAGUCCCGUCCACACAUGAGGUGGUGGCCGGUUUCGACGCCGUAUAGCACCACGGCGUCGCAAGCUCGAGGCUACCGACGCGAUCGUGGCAUCAUCUUCAGGAUCGCAAAGAGGAAUGGUGAUAUCCAAGGUCUCCUCGCCGUGCUGAGCCAAACGUCGAUACGCCGGUACGUUCGGUGGCUCAUCAUAGAGCUGCGGGUAAGCUUCCUCGGUGCCCAGUGGGGGUAUACUAUACCGCCAGUCAGAAUUGCUGCCGAUUUUGAACCUGGCCCAGCCAUCGUUCGGAAGCGCACCGCAACCUUCACAGACUGUUGUCUUGAAGUGGACACGGGUGUUCCUAAAAGCCUUGCGUAA